AGCUGGCCUCGUGUGGACUGGGCUCUUGCUAAGUGCAGUCCUGAUGGGGACCCACCCAGCCCUUACAAAGCAGAUCAUCAGGCAGCAGUUCCCGCAGCUGACCACCAGGAGACUCGGGACCCGAGGACAGUCCAAGUACCAUUACUACGGCAUCGCGGUGAAGGAGAGCUCCCAGUACUAUGACGUGAUGUACUCCAAGAAGGGGGCAGCCUGGGUGAGCGAGAGCGGCAAGAAGGAGGUGAGCAAGCAGGCGGUGGCCUACUCGCCGCGCUCCAAGCUCGGGACGCUGCUGCCGGAGUUCCCAAGCGUCAAGGACCUGAACCUGCCGGCCAGUCUGCCCGAGGAGAAGGUUUCCACUUUCAUUAUGAUGUACAGGACCCACUGUCAGAGGAUCCUGGACACCGUGAUAAGAGCCAACUUCGAUGAGGUUCAGAGUUUCCUCCUGCACUUUUGGCAAGGAAUGCCGCCCCACAUGCUGCCCGUGCUGGGCUCCUCCACCGUGGUGAACAUUGUCGGCGUGUGCGACUCCAUCCUCUACAAGGCCAUUUCCGGGGUGCUCAUGCCCACCGUGCUGCAGGCGCUACCCGACAGCUUAACUCAAGUGAUCCGGAAGUUUGCCAAGCAGCUGGAUGAGUGGCUGAAGGUGGCUCUCCACGACCUCCCAGAAAAUUUGCGGAACAUAAAGUUUGAAUUGUCCAGAAGGUUUUCGCAAAUCCUGAGACGCCAGACAUCGCUCAAUCAUCUUUGCCAGGCGUCCCGGACGGUGAUCCACAGCGCAGACAUCACGUUCCAGAUGCUGGAGGACUGGCGCAACGUGGACCUCAGCAGCAUCGCCAAGCAGACCCUGUACACCAUGGAGGACUCCCGCGAGGAGCACCGCAAGCUCAUCGUGCAGCUGUACCAGGAGUUCGACCACCUCCUGGAGGAGCAGUCUCCCAUUGAAUCCUACAUCGAGUGGCUGGACACCAUGGUGGACCGGUGCGUCGUGAAGGUGGCUGCCAAGAGACAAGGGUCGCUGAAGAAGGUGGCCCAGCAGUUCCUCCUGAUGUGGUCUUGCUUUGGCACCAGGGUGAUCCGGGACAUGACCUUGCACAGCGCCCCGAGCUUCGGGUCUUUCCACCUCAUCCACUUGAUGUUCGACGAUUACGUGCUAUACCUGCUGGAGUCGCUGCACUGUCAGGAGCGGGCCAACGAGCUAAUGCGAGCCAUGAAGGGCGAGGGCGGCAGUGAAGUUCGAGAAGAGAUCAUCUUGACAGAGGCCACUGCCCCAACCCCUUCACCAGUGCCAUCCUUUUCUCCUGCAAAGUCUGCCACCUCCGCAGAGGUGCCACCUCCCUCGUCCCCUGUCAGCAACCCAUCCCCCGAGUAUACCGGCCUCAGCACCACAGGUGGGAUGCAGUCCUACACGUGGUCUCUGACGUACACUGUGACAACGGCUGCUGGGUCCCCAGCAGAAAACUCCCAGCAGCUGCCCUGCAUGCGGAGCACACACGUGCCUCCUUCCUCCGUCGCACACCGGAUACCGGUUUACCCCCACAGAGAGGAACACGGGUAUACAGGAAGCUAUAACUACGGGAGCUAUGGCAACCAGCACCCUCACCCGAUGCAGAGCCAGUACCCGGCCCUCCCGCAUGACGCGGCCCUCUCGGGGCCGCUCCACUACUCCCCGUACCACAGGAGCUCUGCCCAGUACCCUUUCAGUAGCCCCACUUCCCGGAUGGAGCCCUGCCUGAUGAGCAGCACCCCCAGACUGCACCCCACGGCAGUCACGCCUCGGUGGCCAGAGGUGCCCACAGCCAACACGUGCUACACGAGCCCAUCUGUACACGCGGCAAGGUACGGAAACUCUAGUGACGUGUACGCGCCCCUGAGCACGCGCAGGAAUUCUGAGUACGAGCACAUGCAACACUUCCCUGGAUUUGCUUACAUCAACGGAGAGGCCUCCACUGGGUGGGCCAAGUGACUGCUCUCGGAGGAACCAUAUUUAAUAUUAUUAAUAAUAAUAAACCCAACACCCGCCCCCCAGAAGACUUCAUGUCUAUCCAUCCUCACUGGUGGGCUGUUCCUAGGCACCCAUCGUCCUCCUGAACAGGAAGAGAUUUACUAAGGGAGGAGUAAGCAUUAGUGCAGAAACAGGUCUCACGAAGGUCACCGGGACUGGGUCCCCUGACUGCUUCUCUAGAGCCCUGGCUGGACAGGCUGACCUGGCUCCCCCUCCGCUCUUCCCCACUGCUUCGUGUGGGAAACCCUCCCUGCAGGCUACUCAUUUUCCUGUUGGCACUGCGAGGCCCUCUGAUCGUGAAGGAUGGGUCCUGGGGCCGAGUCCGGUUGUGCUCCUGGCCUGUCACUUGCCAGGAACACUUGCCGCACCACCUGGGCAUACUCCCCUCCCUCAUGGCGCCAUCAUCACGGCUUCCUGGAGUGCCAGAGCUCAGGGAGGUGUUGGGGACUCGAGGUUGGUUCCCUGUGCUGCUCGCACCCACCUGCCAAGGACCUGCCUCACCCAGGAAUGGAAGCACUGUCGGGGGGAGGAAGAGGCCUGAUCUGGUGCCUUAAGUGGACCGAGGCCCAUGGGGGACCGGUUCUUCUACGUACAAGGAAUUGUCCUGAAUUUGCACAAUGGUUAGUGUCAGCAAAAGGAGGAGAGGGUUUUGGAAGGUUCUGUGAGAAUGUGGUUUAUGGCCUGGAGUACCACACUCGGCUCUGCUGUUAACAUUCUGAAGCUGUUUGGACCAAACUUUAACUUAGCAAGCACCAAGUGUGAAAAUGACUUUCAUAGUUUCUUCAUAAGACUAUAAUAAUUUCCGACACUUUGAUAGAGACAACAUUCAAAGCUGUGCCUUUGAGCCUAUACUAUACUGUGUAUGUGUGGAAAUAAAAAAAAAUGUAUUGUACUUUUGGGAAAUUUUUUUUCAUAGGCAUUUUUCUGUCAGAUUUGUAGUAAUUUGUGAGGUUUGUUAGACAUUAAUAUAGGCUUUCUUUCUGUAUUAUAAAAUGCACCAAGCAAUUAUUGUGGGCCUAUUACCCUAUGGGUAAGAAAUAAAUGGAAAUAUGACACCAGAUAUUUUAGCAAUUGUUGUGUACAUAAAAUCUUUGAUCACACCGCUCAGUGUGAUAAUCAUGUCUACAGCUAAAAUGGAAAUAGUUUUA